UCGUGCGCAUGCGCCCGCCGCUCGGACGCGCUCGAGGCUCAGCCAAUUGCGAGGAAGGCGGAGUCUGAGCUUGCGCCUUCCCCCGGGCCCAGGCAGCGCGCGCCGGAAAUACGUCACGGGACGCGGCCGGGAUGUCACGCUUCGGGCCGGUUGCGCUCCGUGGUUUCCGGUCGGUCGGUCCGUCUGUCUCUGGCGCGUGCGGCCGUUGGGGGGCGGCCAUGUCGUAUCCGACCGUCCGGAAGGUGGCGAUGGUCUCGUGCCUGGUGCUGUGCGUCUCCCUGCUCCUGCCUCGGACCUUCCUGUCCCGGGGCGGGAGGCAGGAGCCCGGCAGCGCGCCGCCUACCCCGCCCAAGGGGAAGACAAGUCAUUUUCCACCAAUGAUGCAUCACCAGAUGUCCCCCGAUGGCAGGUCUUCUGGUGCCCAUUUUCCAAGGUCUCACCUGGCAGAGGCAGUUGCCAAGGCCAAGGGUGGUGGAGGAGGAGGUGGCAGUGGGAGAGGUCUGGUGGGGCAGAUCAUACCCAUUUAUGGAUUUGGAAUCCUGUUAUACAUACUGUACAUUCUGUUUAAGCUCUCUUCCAAGGGAAAAACCACUACAGUGGAGCAGAAAUCUCCUUCUUCUAUACCUGGAAACAUGAAUAGGAAAAUCACUGACUAUGAGCUCACGCAACUACAAGAAAAGCUGAGAGAGACUGAGGAGGCGAUGGAAAAAUUAAUCAAUAGAGCAGAACCUAAUUGUGACAGCAGGGCCCAAAAUGUUACAACAGACCAGGAAAAGAGAUUACUCCAGCAGCUCCGAGAGAUCACUAGGGUCAUGAAGGAAGGUAAACUCAUAGAUGGCAUCUCCCCAGAGAAGGAAGCUGAAGAAGCUCCUUAUAUGGCAGACUGGGAAGGUUAUCCAGAAGAGACCUAUCCUGUCUAUGAUAAUUCUGAUUGCUUCAAGCAUAGACAGGACACAAUCCUUGUGGAUUACCCUGAUCUGAACGAGCCCUCUGCUGAAGAGAUAGCUGAAAGAAUGGAGGUUAUGGAAGAUGAGGAUUAUUUGUGUAGUGAAACUCUACUGUCUGCUCUCACUACAGAGUGUGAAAGCCAUGAUAUAGGACAGAAAAAGGACCAGCAUAUCAGCUUCAGUGACCAAGGUGGUGUACUCCAUCACAGCCAUAACUUUGAGAAGUGCUACUGUUGCCACUAUGAAGAGGAUGAUCCUGCUGUCAUCGCAGAGAAUGCUGGGUUCCAUGCUGACAGCUGCAGUGAGGCUGAAGACACAGCCAAAGAUGAUCUCUCCAUGGAUUCUGACAAUGAAAAUGCAGGACUGAAAAGCCAAAAAGCCAAUGAUACGGAUGCAGUAGGCAUGCUGAGAAAGCGAAACACAAAGGGACUUGAGUAAUGGGGACCAUCAUGUGUGGCUAUAGCAAGAGUCCUCAAACUCUCACACCUGUGCUCUUUGUUCUUGACCCACAUUUAUCUUCUCCAUUUCCAGCUCUUGGCCAUGAUCACACCAUCACCACCACCACCUGAACUGGAAGCUAAUGGCCCUCUUUAAAUUACUCCAUUAUUACCUCCAGCACAUGCUUGCUAGAGACUGCUAUGAACAGGAACAGAAGAUUAUUUUGUUCCAAUAUCCACACUCUGUCUUUACUUAAUCCUGUGUGAUUACUGCCUCUGAAUAACCACCUCUUCCUCUGAAAUGUUAGCUGCACUGUAGUGUCCUGCCUUGCCAGUAUUAGGAAUGGACUUUCUGCCCUGCUGCCUUUGACAGCUAUCAGUUAUGAAAACAAGACCAUUUGCAUCAGAUUAUUUAGGAAGAUGGAGAGGAAUGUGUUAAGUUUCAUAGCUUCUCUUUUGUGCUGAAGCAGAUGGUAAGUGUCUCCUAACCUAACCAGCAAGGCAAUCUGCAGGGACAACACGAAUGACCAACUCCUUUUUCAACCACAUUGCUGUCACAGUAAUUAAUUAAUAUAUAUGACACAACAGGAUAUGCAUUCCUUGACCAUAGGGGCACUCUGGGCCAAGUACCUGCAUGCACUUUCAGAAGUGAAACAGUGUCUCAGGGCUGCACGUGCUCACAUGCCUUUAUCAUGUGGCUCCUUAAUUUAAACCUCUCACAAAGUGUCCACUAAGGUUUACAUUGCACGUUAUUUAUGAUAGCAUCUUACUGUGAAAAUAGUCCAUAGAAGGGAAAAAUCAUAGUGAAAACAUGGUAAACUCUUUUCUUCUUCUAUUUAGAAUAUAUUUAUUUUUACUUUAUUUUUAAAUGCAUCCAUUGUAAAGAGUUGUGGUCUCUUUAGGACUCCAUCUUGCUCCAGCUAUGCCUUGAAUAGUUUGAUUACUUUCUGAGUAUGUGUCCCAGCAACAUUUAGCACAGGCCCCACGCAACGGAGAGGCUGAAGGGAAGGUGGCUCUUAGCCUGCUCCAAGUUAUGGUGGGGGCAAGGGUUGCUUAACUUACAGCGGCACUAGAGCUCCCGCUAGGCCCCAUUCACCUGGGUGGAGAUGGCGAGCACACAAGGCACGCCAGACAUGCCCACGCCUGGCCCCUGCACAGCCGCAAGCACCUCCCCCUACAUCAGGAGUGGGUCGCAUAGAGCCAGUCACUUGGAACAUGUGGACACCCCUUCACCAAAGGGUUCCAAUGGAGCAGCUUUGUGCGGCUACUGAAGGUUUUUUGUUUUUUUCUCACCUCUAUUUAAUGAAGCGUUAAGCUGGAACAGUAACGGCAGGUGCUGUCCAGUACCAGACCAGAAGUUGUUUCAUGCAUGCUGCCCGAUAAUACUGUCAUGUGCUUGCAAACAAAUGCUCUAAUAAGCUGCUUGGUCUCUUGCUUGCCUAUAUGCCCAGCUGCUGAAAAGGGCACUGUUUUCAGUGGCAAGACAUUAUGCCACUUCAUUUAGGGAAUAUGCUCCCGCCCUUUACAAGUGGCAUUUCUUCUCCAUGUAGCUCCAGCAUCCGUGCUUGUAAAAUACUUUAUUAGCUGUACUAACAGUUGUGUGAAAAGCAAAUACUCCAGGGGAGGGAAAGGCAGUCAGGGGACUGUGGACACUUCUGGCUGUCAACAUAAAUCUUCAUAUAUUACUCCUAGGGGACUUCUGCACCACUGCAUGCUUUUUUUUUCCUACCCACCAAAAAUAACUUUUGCCCACCAGGGGGCACUGUGGCACUAGAACCGAGCAGCCACCCCCAGCCAGCCCCAGCUACUAUAGGGAAGAGAAGGAACCUGCCUUCUUUCCAGUGCCAGUCAGGAGACAGGGAAUCAGAUAACAUGGGGUUGCUGGGGCGGCGUGGGGGGGCCAUAGAUGGGUUCAUAAGGGCUAGUGGGGGAGGACAGCUUGUGGCAGGGCUGAAUGAGCGUGGAGGCGGAGGGCCACAGUGUGGUGGAGUAGGGUUGCAAACUUUCUAGUCACACAAAACCGCCUCUGCACCAAGACCCUGACCCCCACCCCACUCACUCAAGUCCCCGCCCACUGACGCUCGCUCUCCCUGACCCUCACUCGCUCAUUUUCACUGGGCUGGGGCACAGAAUGGGGUGCGGGCACUGGCUGGGGGGUGCAGGCUCUGGGUUGGGGCUGAGGGGUUUGGAGUGUGGGAAGGGGCUCUGAGGUGCGGCAAUAGGUUGGGGUGUGGGAAGGGGUACAGACAAAUGAGGGGUUCAGGGUACAGGAAGGGGCUCCAGGUUGGGGACCAAGUGGUUCAGCGUGCGGGAGGGGUUCUGAGCUGAGACCAGAGGUUGGGGUGUGGGAAGGGGUAUGGGCUCCAGGGUAGGGCCAGAAAUGAGGGGUUCAGAGGGCAGUGGGGUUCAUAAAGGUAUUUGGGUGUGGGAGCGGGCUCAACGAUGGGGGUGCAGGCUCCAGGACUGAGUUUGGGUGCGGGAGGGGGCUCCAGGCUGGGGCAGGAGGUUGGGGUGCAGUGGAGUGAGGGUUCUGGGUUGGGCCAGCCUGCAAGAGAGGACUAGGGCUGGGGCUGAGGGGUUUGGAGUGCAGGAGGGACACAUGGAAGGUGUGCAGGGCCAUAUGGGAAAAGGGGGGUGGCUGAGUGGGGGCACAGACACACAUGUGGGGAGGGGGUGUAGACACACAUAGAGAAGGGGAAUGGCUGAAGAGGUGCUGGGACACCUGGGGAUUGGGUGUCUGAGUGGGGGUGGAGGGACAUAUGGGGACAGAGACAGAUGGGCCUGACUGAAUGGGAAAGGCUAAGAGUGAGGCAGGAGUUGCAUGGGCGAAGCUCCCUAACAAAUCACUCUCUGCUCCCUAAAAAAACCCUGUUUCAUAUUUUUCCUACUCAUACCAACAACCCUCCAAGUUCAGAGCCAGGCUCCUUCCCAGCAAUUACUUCCCCCUCCUUCAGGUCCUCUCUAAGUCCCCUCAGCCUUUGCACUGUUUCUGAGGGGUACAGGCAACAGUUCUGUAGUGUAGUUUAUGUUAAUUAUUACUCAGAGUUCUGUAUCAAUAUGUCUUGUAACGAAUCUAUUUGUCUAAAAAACGUUUCCUGAAUCUUUUUUGUUGUCUGUAUUGUCACAGACACAGUUGCUGACAGGUAUUUAAAUGACCAAAAUAAUGAAAACUGGUGUGAUUAUAUUGUUAUUUUUGACAAAUAAAAUACACACAAUUUUAAAAUAUUGGGUGAAGAAUUUUUAAUUUUUUGGCACAGAAUUCCCCCAGGAGUAAUGGAUUUGACUAAACAGGAUUAUCACCCACAGUCAUUGUUUUGUAGACUUGAUGUAGCACAUGGUGCAUUUUAAUCUGCUUCAGGAGCCCAAAUGGUAUCAUGACAAACAAAGAGAGCAUCUGGGUUCCUGAAUGCAAAUAAGAUUUUAUAGCAGGUCAUGGAAACUAGGGUUUAGGAAAUUCUAAUGUCUGAAAAGGUGUGCUUCUAGCAUUCAGUGUCCUACUGUUUAUAAAUACAUGUCUGUGAAAUUAAAAAGGUUUUUGUUUUUAUUUGCUUUUUGAUUGCUGUUUGCUAUACAUCUCAAAACAAAUGUAAAUUGAGUGAAAGCGCCACAUGCAUCUUUAGAGUUAACUCUUUUUAAUAACAUUUGAUACUAAAAUGCAGGACAUUCUUUGGAAUAGCAAAGUCAAUUCAGAUCCAUGCAAUAACCAAAGGCAUAAUCUGAAAGAAAGUACUAAAGAACGAACAAUUUUGAUGCCCACUUUACUGAGGACUGGUAAAGACACCCUUAAUAAUUCAUUAGCAUCUGAAACAUGUGCCAAUAAAAUCUUUGUACCAUGC